UUCUUCUAUUCCGCAUACGUCCACACUAUGCACUCCACUUGAAGUAGUAGUUGUUGCGUGCACGGCGUAUAGAUAGAAGCUACGCGCACCUUGCUACUUCACACAGAUCAGGUUUUCCAGUCAUCAAGUGCCUGUCCUCGCUGCAGCUGCAUUACAUUACAUUUCUUCGUCUCCCUUUUAAGCAUAUUAUUCUAAGGUGCGAAAGAGAACAAGUGUUUGCCUGGCUGCCUGAGUGCCUGACUGGACAGGUUAAAUGCGAGAACGCAACCCCCGGAAAUGCCAAUAGAAAAAAGUCGACCAUAAGCAGAAGCAGAUAAGAAGCGCCUGCAUAAAGAAAGCAGCGAUCAACAAAAAACUAAGAAACAAAACAACAUAAAAGAACCAGCGCUGAGAGUUGUGUGCUGUGUGUUUGUGUGUGUGUGAGCGAGUUGAACUAAAUCAAUGCAGCUUUCUGCACUGGAACUGCAGAUAAUACACACACACAUACAGAUACCCCAACACACACACAUGCACAUAAUCUUUGGCACAAAUUGAAUGAAUGGAAUAAUUAUGUUGUGAUGGGCUCGUGCUCGUGUACACGGCGACACUUUCUGCUGUCAACAUGCUUCCUGCAAAUGAUAACGAUUAUCGAACGCCAGGUAUUCGACUUUCUCGGAUACAUGUGGGCGCCCAUAUUGGUCAACUUUUUUCAAAUAUUAUUCAUCAUAUUUGGCUUCUACGGUGCAUAUCAUUUUAGAAUCAAGUACAUUAUAACCUAUUUAUUAUGGAACUUUGUGUGGAUCGGUUGGAAUGCGUUUUUAAUAUGCUUCUAUUUGAAUGUCGGCAGCCUGGAUAAGGAUGGCGAUUUGCUUAACAUGGGCACUGGUAGCGUCUCCUGGUUCGAGGCGAAUGGUUACGGCUGUAAGCCCACCUAUAACAUUACCUCGGAUGAUCCGUUUCGACCUUUGAGGCCGGAGCGUGUUGAGGAUUGUCUGUUGGACUAUACGCUCGUUGAGGUCAUCCAUUCGGGUGUACAAUGCGCGCUGGCGCUGCUGGGCAUACUUGGUGCGAUUCUAAUCAGCUGCAUAUUUCUCGAUGAGGACGACAGAUUCGAUUUCAUGAACGGCGAUGCGAAGAGUCCACAGCACACCGUCGUCCAUCCAAUGUACGUGAGCUAUACAAGUAUACCAACAACGUCUGCAAGCGCAACCAUGCAAUCAAAUAAGCAUAUGCAGCAGCAGCAGCAACAACAACAGCAGCAGCAGCAGCAGCAACAGCAGCAGCAAUACUCACUGCAAUUCCAUCAUCAACACAGACACAAAUCGAGCAACAACAACAACAACAAUAGCAACAACAGCAGCUACAAUAAUACACUCAGCAAUGUUCAUCAACAGCCACAAGCACAGCAAGCAAAUAACCUUAAUGCAUACCAACCACAUUUAACCCACACAAGUGGCAACAACAACAGCAACAGCUACAACAGCGGCAGCAAGAACACUCGCAGCAGGUCGCUGCAGCAGCAGCCACAGUUGAGCCACAUUGAGAGCCAAAACAAAGAGCAACCGCAGCGCAAGCGCCUCUAUCAAAGCAAAUCACCGGCUUUAAACUCAGUCAGUCCCAUGUCCCUGUCCAUGUCCAUGUCCAUGUCGCCGCAGACCACCUCCUCGCUCUCGUAUGCCUCGCUGCAGAACUCGAAUCCCCAGCUGAGCAACAGCAACUAUAGCAUUUGCAACGAUACGUCCAGUGGACACUUUGCACGCAUCCAUCAUAAGCCGAAGGCUCCCAAGUCCCUGCCCGACAUCAAAUAUGCCCAGGUGGCUCUAGCCCGACUUUCGCGCAAUUUGGAAGAGGAUGAGGAUAGCUUCUCGCUGCACAAUCUGUCGCCCAAUGGCGACAAUGGCGUUACCUAUGUGCCCUUCCAGAGUCCCACACCCAAUAGCCUGUUUGUUGAGAACAAUAAUGUGGGCACGCCGCACAUUGCCUUCAGCUCCCAUCCCGAGCAGGCCAAUAACAACAACAACAACAACAAUAAUCAUUAUCCAUAUGAACAGCAUGGCUUGCCUUUGCCAUUGUCUUUACCCACUAUUUCGAGCUAUAAGCAACUGCCACGCCCCACACAGAUACCACUGCCCACAGUGCCCAUACACAGCUGCCAUGUCGAGGCUGAUCCGGAAUCGGAACUAACCCUGUCGCCGCCUCCUCCUCCCGUGCCGCGGCCGCACAUCUUUCAGCCACGUCUGGGUCAAGCACCCUAUCCCGAUCUCUCGCCCGAAAUAGCCGAAAAAUAUGCCAUGCCCACACAGCAUGUGCCCAGUGGCUCGCCCAUGGUGCGUCGCAGUCAGCGUCGCCCGCGUCCACACCCAGCUCCGGCCAAUUUCUGUGAUCAGAUCCGAGACACGCCUCCCGGCUACAUGUUGCGCGCCCACAGCGAAGACCGAUUGGAGGAGCAGCCGAUGCCGGCUCAGUCCCAAUCCCAAUCGCAGUCGCAGUCGCCAUCUCAGUCGGCACCGCAUGUCAAUCGACGCAGCGGACGCAAAGCUCGCCCGCGCUCCUUUUGCAAUUCCAUUGUGGGCGCCCAAGCCUAAAGGCCCUUCACACACAGAUCCUCAUUUAGCUGCAUUCCUUUUGACCAAAUCUGAUAGACUUUUAGAG